AUGCUUUUCUCCAAGGUUAUCGCUCCUGCUUUCAUCCUCCUCGGUGCUGCCUCCGCUGCCCCGGGUGGCCUCGCGCCUGAGAAUGCUUCUAAGCGUGAUCAACCCUCUCUUGACGAAGCCUUCAAUAUGUAUAAUGAAGCUGUCAAUGUAUUCAUGAAAGUUUCUUCCGCGGCGGAUUGCGACUGGCCUGUCUCGGCUCACUUUCUGCAUCAUCCGCCGCCUGCAUUGCUGCUGCCGGAGAGUUUGGCUUGGAUAUUCCCCUGGACCUCGCUUGCGCUGCUACUGCAACCACUAGCGCCACUCAGGCAUGCAAGGGCUGCUUGUGGUAAAGGCAGCGAUUGUAGCGCCCACUGA